UGAGAUGAGAAAAGUGCAGUACUGAUAGAUCUGAUGGCAGAUGAAGAUGAAGUAAGCAGGUGCAUGAGAGAGAACUGGCGUAUUCCUCCCUCAUUUUGGGGGGACAAGAAGAUCUGAGUACAGAAAGAAAAGAGGACAGUGUUUUAUCCAUCAGGAGUGGAGGAGAGGAGGAGGAGGACAUGCAUUUCUCCAAACUGAAGUAUUUCUUCAUGACUUUCUGCCCAUCACGAGCUCACUGAUGCUGUGAUUCAGUCAGAACUCAUUCACUAGAGGGUCAUUCAGUUGGAGUGAGUGUUUUGGGCUGUUUCUCUGUUUCUGAUUUGGAAUAUAUGCGCUUUUUAAAUGGGAAGAAUGAAAAAACAAGUGGAACAUAGGAUAUGAAUCUGAAAUGGACAAUGCGUGUGUGUGAGGUCGAGAUGGCAGAGCUCUGGAUCCCCAUCACGAGCUGCACAAGCUCUCAUCAAAUGCUCCAGUUUGGAUAACGCAACCACAACGCCAUAGCACACUUGUCCUGUCUUUGUGCACACACACACACACACACACACACUCAGAGGGCGAGGACCCCUUACAAAACGCAAGGGUCUGAGGAAACCGAAGUGCUUCUACAGUUGAAUUGGAUUUGUCCCAACAUCACUACAACUAAACCACCCACCACCCUGGACUUGUACUACUACUAAACUGCUCCAAAAGAGAGGGAACACCAGAUUGGAAAAAUAGGAAGGUGGAGUGCUAAAGAGAAUGAGCGUGGGUCGGAUUGGUCGCUAUAGUAUCGUGUCGACGGAGGAGGAUGGUCUGCGUUUAACAACCAUGCAUGGCGGAGGGAUGAAUGGAUAUGGCAACGGCAAAAUCCACACUCGACGGAAAAGUCGCAACCGCUUCGUGAAGAAGAAUGGACAGUGCAAUGUGCAGUUCACCAACAUGGACGAGAAGUCCCAGCGCUACCUGGCGGACAUAUUCACCACUUGCGUGGACAUCCGCUGGCGCUACCUGGUGAUCAUUUUCACAUUCGUCUUCGUGAUUUCCUGGUUGGCAUUUGGCUUGGCGUUUUGGGUUAUCGCGCUUCUCCACGGUGACCUGGACAACCCGGCGGGCGACGACAACUUCACGCCGUGUGUGCUGCAGGUGAACGGUUUCAUCGCAGCGUUCCUGUUCUCCAUCGAGACGCAAACGACCAUUGGUUAUGGGUUCCGCUGUGUUACGGAAGAAUGUCCUCUCGCAGUGUUUCUCGUGGUCUUCCAGUCCAUCGUGGGCAGCAUCAUCGACUGCUUCAUGAUCGGAGCAAUCAUGGCCAAAAUGGCACGUCCCAAGAAGCGAGCGCAGACUCUGUUGUUCUCGCAUAACGCCGUCAUCGCCAUGCGUGACGGGAAACUGUGCUUGAUGUGGCGGGUGGGGAACUUGCGUAAGAGUCACAUCGUUGAGGCGCACGUCCGAGCGCAGCUCAUCAAACCGCGGGUUACGGCCGAAGGCGAGUUCAUCCCGCUCGACCAGCUGGACAUAAAUGUCGGUUUCGACAAAGGACUGGACCGCAUCUUCCUCGUCUCGCCAAUCACCAUCCUGCAUCAAAUCGACCAGGAGAGCCCUCUGUUCGGCAUCGCUAAGCAGGACCUCGAAACAGCGGAUUUUGAGAUCGUGGUCAUAUUGGAGGGCAUGGUGGAGGCCACGGCCAUGACGGCACAGGCGCGAAGCUCCUACCUGGCCAGCGAGAUCCUCUGGGGGCAUCGAUUCGAGCCAGUACUAUUUGAGGAAAAGAACCAAUACAAGGUCGAUUACUCACACUUCCACAAGACCUACGAGGUGCCGUCCACCCCUCGCUGCAGUGCCAAGGACAUGAUGGAAAACAAGUACCUGGUGGUGCCCAGCGCCAACUUCUGCUACGAGAACGAGCUGGCGAUCCUGAGCCACGAAGAGGAAGAGGAUAACAGUCCGGAAAGGAUAAAGCCAGAGCGAGCGAGGAGCCUCAGCCCGGAGAGAACCCCUCGACAUGAUUUCGACCGACUGCAGACCCCUCGCUGCACGGAGCAAAGGUCAUACCGAAGGGAGUCAGAGAUAUGAACCUUUACUAUGACCUUUUUGAUACUCGAAUUUCAUGUUUCGUUCCUGGAGAUACUGGAGCUUCUAAAAUGCAGAACAAUGCAAAGUGCCAUACGGAGAGAGUGAGCGAGUGAAUGAGCGAAAAACAAAGGAGUGAAUGUGUGAAAGCUGGAGAGACGUUUAGCUGAGAUGGGAGAUGCUGUUUCGAAGAGAGAGAAAGGCAGUAGGAAUCUUUUUAUCCUGCACGGAAAAACUUGAAUCUUUUCCUCGUUUUGUUUCAUGACAAUAGUUUAGCUGUUAAACUUUUGAUUCAUAAAGGGGUAGCUCACCCAAAAAUGAAAAUUCUGUCAUAAUUUACUCACUCUCAUGUCAUUCCAAAACUGUAUGACUGUCUUCCGUGGAAUGCAAAAGAAAAUAUUUUGAAAAAAUUAUAACAAAAAUAUAUAUUUGUAAAAAAGAAAAAAAGUUAAUAAUAAAAAUGGUUUCAUUAAAUAACACUGUUAACUAAUAAAAAUAUAAUAAAAUUAUAUAUAUGAAAUUAUAUAAAAAGCUUUAUAUUAUAUAUGUUUUUUAAUAAAUUUAUUAUAAAUUGUAACUUCUUUCUUAUUAUAUGUUUUGAUAUAUUUUAUAAACACUGAUAUCCAACCUGCGCCAUAUUUGUUUGAAGAGCUAUUUGGUUUUCUAUUACAUAGAAAUCUAUCAUUUGGCUUCAGAGCACUGAAUACAGUCGUAUAGACUUUUAAGAGCCGUGGUCACUGAAAACUAUAUAUAAUGAACUAGGGUUGCAAUGUGGCAGAAAAUUUACAGUAAAUUUACGGAAACUUUCCAGAAACUUUCCAUGGGAAAUUUAGAAAUAUUCCAAAUUUAUGGGAAUUAAAGGGAAUUAAAUAGAAAAUUGGGGUAAUUUAUACAAAUUGUAUCAUAUACAAACAUUAAUAUAAACAUUUUGUUUGGUCAUAAGCAGACAUGCAUGCAAACUAAUACAAAUUUUAAAAAUUUAAAAAGUCAAAUUUUUGACUUUGGUUUAUUCGUGAGUAGAACUUUCAGUCAGUGAAAAACAAAUAAACAUGAAUGUUGAAUAAAAUAAACAUAUUCUAUAUGUGCUGUGUGCAUGUGAUCGAGGAAUGCGGAGGCUAGAAAUUCAACUGAAUUUGCAUUAAAUCUAGUUGUUUUUAAUAAAGAUUAUGCUGCAAGAUGUUCUUUUCAACUACAUUUAAGUUCUCUCUCAUAGGUUAACCUGCAAUUUACAGUUUAUUCCCAUUAAUUCUUGUUAAUUCCCAUAUAUUCCCGCUAAUUCAAAUGGAAAGAUUCCAACUUUUGCAACCCUGCUAUAAACUGUCAUGUAGAAAAGCACUGCAGGAAGUUUCCUUUUAAAAAAUCUCCUUUUGUGUUCCACAUAAUAAAAAAAAAAAAAAAAAAAGAUAACAGCAUACACAUUUGAAACGACAUGAGGGUGAGAAAACUAUGACAAAAUAAUGAAAAAAUAAAGAAGAUUAAUUUUGGAGAGCUAUUCCUUUAAUGUGUAAAUAUUUCUGCAUAGAUACAUGGUUUUGUGUGCGAUAUUCAUUUCUAGCAAGAGAGAAAAACAAAGACAAUGUUACAUUUACGAAGAGCGAUAUUAGUAAAUUUAUUUUUGCAUUCAAUUCGAGCACAAAUGACAAGCAAUGCCAGGGCACACUAUCCCUGGAGAUCUACACACACACAUUGAUCAGUGAGACAUGAUAAAUUCCCCUUUACAACUGCACUACCUAGACAGACCAUGUGAACAAUGUGAGCACCUGAGUGUGUGUGUGUGUGUGUGUGUGUGUGUGUGUGUGUGUGUGUGUAUGUGUGUGUUUUGUGCAGCUGAGCACAAUGCCUCGUGUGAGACGCACAAGGAGAAGGUUAAAUGGCAAACUCUCCUAAAACUACAACAUGCUCAAGCAUAUAUGUUAUAUAUAUUUACAGCAAAAUAGAGAGAUAUAUAUUUAGGUAGAUAGAUAUAUAAUGUAGACAUUAUCAGUUUGCACCAUGUAACCUAAUAUAGUGGCAGAUCUUCAGAGAACUCACUGGGAUAAUCAUCUUAUUUUAACUAUUUAGAUACUUCAUCUUUUGUCCCUGAGGCUCUGACAGAAAAGCCUGAUAGAAAACUCUGUGUGAAUCCAGAAACUUCCCUUCAAAUGUCGUAUUUUAAUACAUUUACCUCUGUCUUCAUAUAUUUCAACUUCCUGCUGAAUUUUUCAUAAAGAGAAUGGGAUUCAAGAAUGCCAACAUUUACUGCAUUUCUAUAAAUAUAUAUAAAAAAGAAAUUACAUGCCUAACUAACUUGAAAUAUAAAGAUUGAGAAUGAUAGUGUCUCAAAAUAUUCACUGAUCUAUGCACACGGUCGGACUGAGUGUUGAAUACAAUCUGCAUUUCAUCAUCUUCUCUUUUCUAUUAUUGCGACAAAAACCUCACAUCUUGAAGCAUUUUAGCUGUUCAUUUAAGGAAUUUUCCAGGUUAAAUAAAGCUGUCAAUUAUUACAAGAAUAACAUAAUUUAAUCAGCGUUUCAUGUAAAAGCAAACAAAAAUCAUGUUUACAGUAAUGCACUAAGGAAGUCUAUGGGGCAAGGCAUUAAAGGUGCAAUGUGUAAAAUUUGUGAGGAUCUAUUGACAGAAAUGCAAUAUAAUAUACAUAACUAUGUUUUCAGUGGUGUAUAAAGACCUUACAUAAUGAACCGUUAUGUUUUUAUUACCUUGAAUGAGCCAUUUCUAUCUCAUACACCCCUCCAAAUCAAGUCACCAUUAUGCGCCGGCAUGUUUCUACAGCAGCCCUAAACGGACAAACACUCUACAGAGCAUGUUUCGUCAACGUGUUUGUUCUUCUUCUAAAUCGUUGGUGUUUUUAGAGGCAGCUUGCAUCGUCACUACGUUGAAUAUGCACGAAGAAGUAGUAGUAGUAGUAGUCCUCUGGUUUGUUAGAAGCAGAGACCAUUCUUUGUUAGAAGUAAGAAGAAACCUCAUUGCUUGACUGGCUAACAUAUUCUCUGCUGUCUCAGACGAUGACAUCUUUGACUUGUGUUGGCCAGACGGCCACCGUAGCUGUCUACGUAGGCAAUCUUUAAAGGUAUCACAGGUGUAAUGCAUGUUUAUUCAGAGAAAACUUCUUUUGGCCAAAUUCCAACGCACCAUCACAUUUAUCCGAUUUGCUUUGCGAAUUGUUUGCUUCAAACCAGUGAUUCAGAGCGUGUACCAAACUGCUAAAGUCAUGUGAUGUCACAACGAUCGGUCUGCGCAGCGGACAUCUUUCGUUACGUUUCGAAACGCUAUUGUGCAUAGCUAAUUUUUGAACAGUUUUAUAAUGUAUACAUGUUUAAUUACACAUUUAUAUAAUAAAAAAAGGGGAAAAGUAGUAGUUAAAGGCACAGUUCACCCAAAAAUUAAAAUUAUGACAUCUUACCCUCAAGUUGUUCCAAACCUGUAUGAAUUUCUUUCUUCUGCUGAACACAAGAUAUUUUGAAGAAUACGGGUAACCAAACAGUUGAAGGAACCCAUUGACUUCCAUAGUAUGGAAAAAAAUUACAAUGGAAGUCAAUGGUGCCAUUCAACUGUUUGGUUACCGAAUACCAACAUUCUUCAAAAUAUCUUCUUUUGUGUUCAGCAGAAGAAAGAAAUUCAUACAGGUUUGGAACAACUUGAGAAUGAGUAAACGAUGACAGAAUUUUAAUUUUUAGAUGAACUAUCUCUUUAAUUGUCUCUUAUUGGCGUGAAAAGAAAACCCUACAAAUAAAACAAUAUUUAUACAGACACUACAUGGAAUUUGAUGAUUCGUAGAUUUCAUUUAAUUGAUUGUACUUUCAAAAAAUUAUUUACAAUUUUCGUAAAAGGUGUCUAUGCAUGUUUAGACUGAGGUUUCGUUGCAUCUGACACCGUUUUGACCAGUAAGAUGUCGGUUCGGAGUUUUGAAAAGCUCCGUUUCAUCCAAGAUGGCGGCUAAGGAAAAUGUUGAUGUAAAUAUAAUUAUAUUUUAGUCACCAAAACUAAAGUAAAAAUCAUUCAAUCUGAUUAAAAAAAGAUUUUAUUCAAUAUUUGUGGUAUAUUUUAUCCUAAUCACGUUGUUGGUAUCAGGUCUACUGGAAUCCAGUGAGUCUUGUUGGCCAUGUGCUUCAUAUAAAAUGCUAUUUGAAUGAUCCUUAUGUACAGUAGAGCCAAACUCAUCACUUAUGAGGUUAUAUAGACAGCAAGGGUGCUUACUAGGUUUUGGGACAGAGGCACUGUUACCACCACAAAACAUUAUACAGUUGACAUAGAGUUAGUGAUAAAAACUACUUAAUUACCUUGAUGUGUACAGUUAACCUCUUAGAUCCUGUCAAGACCAUGUGAAGCCAGGCAGUAAACAGCAACUUUUCCACGGUUUGUGCAAAGAAAAUAGACUUUUUACGUGGAGAAAACGCCACCUACAGGUGUUUUAGCGCAAACGCAGAUGUUCAUCCGCCUCGAAAAGUAGUUCCAUUUCAAAACGAUGAAUUAGACAACUUUAGAGCUAAUAUAACACACAUUUUGCACUGAAUAAUUAAUAUAAGCGCUUUAACAUACGUUUUAAAAGUAUAAGCUGCACAUUUCUGUUUUUAAACUAUCUGGAACGUCUUGCCCCAUAGACGCCCAUUAUAAGCGCAAACACCAUUUUUGCUUGUUUUCAUCAACGGAGCUACAAAAAUUGUCUGGUGUGAUUGACAAUAUGUCAGAUGUUUGAGAUGAGCUUUGGCUGUAUUAGACCCAUAUUCAUUUAAAGAGAAAGACAAAGGACAAAAUAAUCACUCAAUAUUAGAAACUGUGGCUCAGAUUGAAUGCUGCUCCUUAUCUGUGUGUGUGUGUGUGUGUGUGUGUGUCUUAUGCCACUGUAUGAUAGUAUGAAGGGCACAUUCAUGAAGCAAUAAUGAAAAGAUCAAAGCAAUAUGUGAUUUAUCAACCACAAUUUUUCAGGACAAAAACAUUUCGAUUUUACCAGUUUGAAGUGAAGUGAAGCAAUGUAUUCAUUGAGAAAGCACAGAGAGUUACAAUAACUUUUGUGAGCUGUACUGUACAACUUUUUUUGUAAAAAAAGAAAAAGAAAAAGAAAAAUAUUAAGAAAUGAAGACUAGGUCAAUCUCU